AUGACCAGUACUCUCAAUACGCCUGCUGCCUCACUAGUAGCCGAUGCUGUGAAGGAUUACCGACAGAAGUUUGGGGCUGAGCCGGCUGCUUUUGGUGCUGCCCCUGGUCGUAUUGAGAUCCUUGGUAACCACACCGACUAUAAUGAGGGUUUUGUCUUAUCGGCUGCUAUCGAUCGUUAUACGGUUGUUGUUGGUGGCAAGUCCCCUGAUGAUAAAGUGCGUCUUCAUAGCAGUGCCUUUGCGAAUGUGGUAGAGUUUGAUAUUAACGAUGAGACCAAGUAUGAGGGAGAGGAUUCCUGGGCAAACUACUCGAAGGGUGUCAUAGUAGAGUUGAGAAAAGCUAGCUAUGGAGUACCUGCUUUCCAGGCCUCUAUCUACUCCAACGUGCCAGUGGGGGCUGGCGUGUCUUCAUCUGCUGCAAUUGAGUUGGCUACUGCUAAUCUCAUUAGAGAGCUGGAUGGUCCUGAUAGUAAACUGUAUAAGGCUAAGCUCCUCGAGGUGGUGUUAGCAUGCAAGAGUGCUGAGAACAACUUUGUUGGUAUGGGUUGUGGUAUACUGGAUCAAUAUACCUCGGCUUUUGCGAAGAGUGGCCAACUAGUCCAUCUGGAUUGCCGUGAUAACAGUUGUGAUUACGUUCCUCUACAGAAUGAUGUUCGCUUCGUUCUGUGCAAUACUCAUGCUCCUCAUCAGCUUGUGGACGGAAAGUACAAUGAGUUGAGGAAGUGCUGCUUUGGUGCUGCUAAGGCGCUCGGUGUGCCAUUUUUGAGGGACAUAGAUGCGGACACCUACGAGGCGAAGAAGUCUACUCUAACCGAAGAUGACAGGAAGAGGGCGAAUCAUGUUAUUGGUGAGAACACACGUGUUGCCGAGGCUAUGGAUGCGAUAUCUAAAAAUGAUAUGGAGAAGUUUGGGCAACUCAUGAAUGCCUCUCAUGUGUCGAGUAGAGAUGACUUUGGGAACUCCUGCAAGGAGUUGGAUAUCAUGUUUGACCAGGCGCAGGGUUGUCCUGGCUUCCUAGGAGCUCGUCUUAUGGGAGGUGGUUUCGGUGGUUGCACUAUCAAUCUAGUGAAGGCUGAUAAGGUGGAUGACUUCUGCAAGGAAGUGGCCCAGUUGUAUGAGAAGGCUAGCGGCAUCAAAUGUGAUACCAUUGCUGUGGCCCCUGGUGAUGGUGCUCACGGUGGUAAACUGUAA